UCGAAAGUGAUUGAGAGAGCCCGUAAGAGAGUUGCGGACAAAGUAUCGGGUCCAGUGUACGCAGGGCCAGGCCCGGGGGAAUUGUCGAUCAACAAUUGUGCAGUAAGGCUUCAGCAAAAAGUCAUGAGUGUUCUUCGUACUCUCGAUUCUGGAGUGAUCGCGCUUGAACCGGACGUAUUUCUAAACGGGUAUUGGGCAACACAACCAGACGUUCACACCGGUCGGCGCAGGGAGUUGCUUACCGAUCUACUACACGAACACCUGUUGACGCACAACCAAAUCACUUCGGCUGACACCGUACAAGUGUAUCGUAUAACAGGAGAAGUAGUAGACACCCCACGCGACAGUGUAACGGCUACCGACUGGCUGCAUCUCAUUGUGCGUGAACAUGCCUUGACGGGGGGUGCGGUUGAGUACGCUAAUGCCGCGUUGCAGGCUAUGAUGCUCGGUACGCCCAAAUCCAUGCCCACAGCCGCAGUCCGCGUUUUAGCAGCCUUUCGCGCCACAUUGGUAGAUCCUGACCGGCCCCACAUCACUGAACAGCGGUUUUUCUGGCGGUAUAUCUCGGCAGUGCAGAUGAUAGCCUUGUUCGAACGCGUCACCGAGGUACUCUUGCCGAAUCCGGUUGACAGAGCCGGGGUCAACGGGCUGCUACAUGAACGCAUACAUUCUGUCAGCACCACCCUACAGAAGUUGCGUCAAGAGUCGCACCACCCCAUGGGGGACCACAUGAGCCACCGUGGCAAGGUAGCUGAGAGCCUGUUCCGCGAGUUUGUAGCCGUUUUGAGCGCGCGUUCCAAGCCAUACAUGACCCCGCCGACGCCCCGCAACCCGACCCGCGCGGGCGGGCAGGAUCGCCUCUGUGCGGCUAACCCUACGCCUCGCCACAUGUCGAUGCCCGAAUAUCGACAGCUGUUCACCGCAGAUGGCUUGGCGUCGUACAACUCGAGGUUACCACUCACCGUGUCGGGAGGCAGCGCGCCCCUCCGGCCGCCGCCUCCCACCGGGCUAAACUCUGUUGCCGCCGUAGCGCCGCCCGUUGCUGCCCCAGAGACCCCUUCGUCGGUUGCCGUGGCAGCGUUCCAGAACCACAAGGCCAGCACGCCCGGCCAGCACGGUGUUCCUUUCACCGCCAAAGCACCGUCAUCGACGGCCGCACCAGCGACAACGCCACCAACGGACGCCACCACGGCCACCGCCGUGACACACCCGCCGGUGACUGCGCCCCGGUCCGUGAUCCUCGACCACCUCAUGGAACAUGGGAUCUGCUACGCCCACGUGUUCUCGGCCUGCCGUCGACAAGGCCGUUGCAGAUGGCGACACGACCUACUGCCAGCGUCAUUCUACAAGGACGUACCACGCCCGGCGAGCCGUGGGGCUACUCACACGCGCCGCGUCGUAGCCGCGUUGACGCCCGCCCAUUACGACACGGCCGUCGCCAUGGGACUCGAGCUUCACGUGUCAGGCGAGCAUCAGGUGGCGAUGAUAGCAGGGGACAUCCCGCUGGGACCUCGGAGUGACGCCGAGAUGUGAAACGAGGACCCGGGUCUCGCCAACCCGGGGCACCUUGCGUCCGCGAGGGCGGAGCACUGCACCGGCGAUCAGUUGUGGAUACGUGGUGAGAUCGGCGUAGACGUAAGUCGUACCCAGUGGAUAUUUUGCUUGAUACCGGGGCGGGCGGGGGCAACUACAUUUCGUUAGACCUUUGGUAUCGCGUACGUACCUUAGCGAGGUGCAGGUUGGACAGAUGUUCGGCGGGAGCGUUGGAAGCAGCGAAUCCGUCAGAAAGUGGCGUGCCCCCGAAGCGCAUUCUCGGACAUGUCACGAUCCCAAUCAUGUUCCAAGACGACUCUCAAGUACGGUUCGUCACUGCCAGAGUAGUACCGGACCUCCCGUACGGUAUCAUCAUCGGAGCUGAAUAUCUUCGACGCAACAAGAGCACGCUUGAUUUUGGAGAAGGCAAAGGCUUUCAACCCACGCCUGACGCGCCGUUCGUACCGUUCCUGUCGAGGCCGGUAGACCACCCUGCCCAACCGUCAUCGCUCUCAGCAGCACGCGAUCGUUUUGCUCUCUUGACAUGCGACCCGCAACGCGACACUAACCUGUCCGACAUUGCCCCGCUGCCCGAGCUGCCCAGUUAUCGUGACGUCGCAUGAGAGGAUGACAGCACUCUGGAAUGGGACCUGGUCCUGGGCUCGCGGAUGUC